GCGCACUGGGGAGUAGCCUGUUCCCUGGGUGACGGUCAACACAGGCAGGGCUGUAAAACACAAUUGGGUGCGGAUGCUUCCCCAGCCUGUAGAGUUUCUAUCCCCAACAGCCACUCUGAGCUCGGGAUCUGGUGGGGGAUGCAGUGGAAGGAUCUUGUGCAGGCUUUCCUGGGUUAAAACGAGAGUCUCAAUAGGUCUCUCUUUUAUCUCUUUUCUACCUUGCCUGCUUCUCCAGUUCUCGAUGGGCAGCCAACACGCUGGGCUCCCAAGAACUACUUCAGCCGGGCACCGACUGCCCCCUACCAGGCCGCUUGCCUCAUUUUCCGCGGCUCGGGAUGGCCCUGCUACAAGCAGAGCUCUAGCUGGUGGCUGCCAGGGGUCCCCAGCCCCGGGUGUGCAGCAGGACCAGCUGUGGAGGGAGCUUGUGGAAGCCGAAGAGCGAGGCCAACGGCGUUGGGUUGAGAAUUGGGGUUUCCUGAAAGACUAUGACCUUCUGGGAAAUAAGAAGGAGCCUGAGGAGCUGCCUGCAGAUGUGCCGUUCUUCUCAGACACACUUCCCAGCUCCACCAGCAGAGAGGUGGGCAGCAGGGUGGAAACGCCCCUGGGGAGAGCCCUCACGCACAUGGACUUCUUCUUUGUGGAAGGCACUAGGAAGAGGAAGCCGGAAGCUGAGCUGCAGCCAGUAUAGAGGAGAUGUCAUGGCCAGCCAUAGCAGGUGGGUGGACUAGGCCUAGGCUGCCCU